UGAGUUAACAUGCGUAUGCUCUUCCUGACCAGCAAGAGUUCCUGAACAAGAAAAUAAAACCACACUUCCUCUGCUGGGUAUGAGAGGCAAGUACUUGCACCAAGUAAUCUUUGCCUUUCUGCUGCCUGCAGUUACACUGCAAUCAUGUUCUUCGGAGGGAUGGCGAUUAUUCUUUGCUCCUCUCUACUUAUGUGUGAUGGAACCAGGGCUUUAACUGGUAUAAAUAGGUGGUUGUCCAAUGCAAUGUUUACACCUGGAGCACCUAUUCCUAUCAACAAACAUGACCCAGGAGUUCAGAGAGCAGCUAGAUUUGGAGUUUACAGAUACAACAACAUGUCAAAUGACAUCUUUCUAUUCAAAGAAUCUCACAUUAACAAAGCUACGCUUCAGGUAGUGAGAGGACUGAAAUACAAAGUUAAUGCUGAUAUUGACCGGACAGUGUGCAGGAAAAGGAUGCAUCCCAACUUGGACACAUGUGAUUUCCAGAGGAACAAAAUACUGAAACAAGUAAAAAUCUUCCUGCUUUUCCUAUCACCUAAUUUUGUAUGCAGUGGGAUUUUUUGCACCAUCCACUCAGGGGGCUUUUCAUGAGGAUGUCUUCAAUAA